AUGUUUGCCAACGGUCUCUUCACUCGGUUCUCCAACGAGUCCUUUCAAACCCCUACCUCGGAUGCCCCGAGUGGCAUCGAGAACCACCAGCCAACUAGCCCCAAGGCCCCCUCCACCGACCGCCGGGCGAUCAAGCAGCCGAACGCCCAGGAGAACAUAGUGAAGCUGCGUGGUGGCGGCACUGGUGAUAUCUGCUGUGGCCUUCAUCCAGUUGUGCCGGUCUUCUCUGCUUCGAGUGCUGUGAGUGCUGUGAGCAUUGCUGCUAAUUGCGUGGUGGCUCGAACACGCUAUCGGCUUGAUCCUCUCGAUAUCCUCGAUACUGUGCCUGGUGCUUGA